UCGUAAAAUUUGAAUGCCCCUACGUGUGGAUGCGCUCAAAACAAAUUAAAUAUUUUUUGCCAUCUUUAAAUUUUUAGUCUUGAUAGAAGUGCUUAAAUUUAUUCAAAUAUGUAAUGUAAAGAAUCCGAUUGUCUCAAUCUUAACUAUUUAAAACUUGUGUCACCAACGAGUUAAUCGCCAGCCAUGGACCAUCAGCAUUCUGUCGAAGAUGCCGGAGCUCAUGGCUUCACAAGACAGCGAAAACAGAAAAGCGAGCCACUCUGUUGUCCAAUAUGUGGGGUGACACUUCGUCCUACUGAAAUUGAUCAGCACUUUGCGCUGGAAGUUGAACGAUUGGACCGAAUUCUUAAGCCGAGAAAGAACCACCACUGCUCGCUGCCUGACGGAUAUGCAGUGGGAACCGAUCGGGCUUCAUUGAGACCAGGGACAAGCGGCACAAGCAGUGGAGGAGCAACAAGUAGUGGUGGUGCAUUGGCAAAUGGGCACCGGUCGCUAGAGGAUAAUGGCGAACCAGGAACAUCUAGCAAUCCGGAUGAGUGCUGGGGUACCUAUCAGAAGAUUAAGAAUAACCGACAGGCAAGGCUGAAGAUGAAAACUCGAAAACGUAAACCAGAGGACAACGUUUGUCCAGUUUGCAAUAAAUCGGUGUCGGAAAUAACAACACACGUAGAAAUUUGCCUCCGGAAAAAUGAAGGAAAUGGCUCCAGUAGUAAUGGGAGAACGAAUGAUUCUGACGAUGACGACGCCAGUAUUGAUGUGGAGGGUGAAUCGUACGAGGUCUACGAGUGGGCUGGACAAACAAGAAUACGUGCCACCACAAUGCUCCCGCAGAGUGGUGCCUUUCCCAGCACAGCAGUUCGAGUAACAAUUGCCGAUGAUACGGAUGACGAACUGAAUGUCGAUGGCGAUGAAACGCAAAUCUAUGGACCACCGCAGUAUUCUGAACAUGACGUGGUAUACCCUGUGGCAGAACAACGUUGUAAGGAUUCUUACCUGCGAGGACUGGUUAUGGCCAACGAACCAAUCACAGUGAAGCGUCCGGAUAUUGAUAACCCUGGCGAAGGUCCUAGUUGGUGUAAAACACCUUCAAUCAUUGGAGGCCAAUCUAUUAACUGCGAACAGAAUAAUGGCGAAAGUACUGAUCAAAUAGUAAAUUCUUUAAAAUCCAAAAUACGCGAGUAUGAAGGAUUUAUAAAAAAUAGACCAAAGUGUCUGAUUUGCAUGGACGAUUUCAAAAAGCCAGUCGUUUCCAUUUGUUGUUGGCAUGUUUAUUGCGAGGAAUGUUGGCUUCACACACUGGGAGCUAAAAAACUCUGCCCCCAAUGCAGCAUGAUAACGUCGGCCACGGAUCUUAGACGGAUCUAUCUUUAGUGAGAGGUUCAUUGGUCACGCAGUUUACCGGUGAUGUAAUAAAUACAGGCUAGUUUUAAAUGAGUUAUACAACAAAACGAAACAACAGAAGAUCGAAAUGAAACUAACGAAGACAAUAAUUGACGAGGAUAGGAAUCUCUUUUUGAAAGGAAUGCAACACAGAUAAUACGUAUUAGAUGUAAGGUAAGACUAAGAGGAUGUCGUUUGAAAAACGACGAUACAACUAUCAUAUACUUAAUUUAUGACUUUGAUUCACAUUCCACGCUGUUCAAUUCAAUGAGGCAGUUUUUUUAUGUUCUCAGCGUAAAUGAUAUAAUGUUUAUACAGCUGAAUGUACCAUCUGACCGAAUUUUAUAUAUUUUAUUUAAUAAACGUUUACAUGCCAUACAACA